AUGGCCGUGAUGCCCCAAAGCCAAAAGACGAUCGUUGUUGUCGGCCUGGGAAUGGUCGGCAUCAGCUUCAUAGAAAAACUCCUGAAGCUCGACGUUCGCACACGCCAGUACAACAUUAUCGUCUUUGGCGAAGAACCGCACGUAGCAUACAACCGCGUCGGCCUAACCACCUUCUUCGAGCACCGUAAGGUCGAGAACCUGUAUCUCAACCCCGCGGAAUGGUACACCUCCAUCCCCGAUAACGCCCUCACAUACCACAUUUCUACACCUGUAACAGCCAUCAAUCCAAUUUCCAAAACAAUAACUACUUCAACCGGCACCACCGUACCAUAUGACAUCCUGGUUCUAGCAACCGGCUCAAACGCGGCCCUGCCCCGUAACACCCCUGGCAUUGACGCCCGCGGGGUUUUUGUCUACCGUACGGUCGCCGAUCUUGAGGCCCUCAUCACACACUCCCAGCAACUUCUCCCCUCACAGGAUCAGGAAAAGGUCGGUGCGGUAGUAGGAGGCGGACUCCUCGGCCUCGAAGCCGCGAAAGCCCUACUCGACCUACAAACGUAUGACCGCGUCGUCGUUGUUGAGCGUAAUGGCUGGGUGCUCGCACGUCAGCUGGACGGGGAUGCGGGCGCUCUAGUGGUCGAGAAGGUCCGGCAGUUGGGGGUUGAGGUAUUGUUAGAGAAGAGGGUAGCUUGUGUUGAGACAGAUGAGGGAAUUAACGUGACGGGAUUGAGAUUCGAAGAUGGAACGGCACUAAGGUGUCAAACUGUGGUGUUUGCGACUGGAAUCAGGCCGAGGGAUGAGCUUGCGAGAACGGCUGGGCUUGCUGUUAGCGAGUCCGGGGGGAUUGUGGUCGACUCGCAGUUAAGGACGAGUACCCGAGAUGUGUAUGCUAUUGGGGAGUGUGCUAGCUGGGAGGGACAGACGUUUGGGUUGAUCGCCCCUGGUGUUGAGAUGGCGGAUGUGUUGGCAUGGAACCUGACACAAGCUGCUGAGCAUGGUGGGCAGGAGAGAUCCUUCAGCCAGCCAGACUUAAGCACCAAACUCAAGCUUUUGGGUGUCGAGGUUGCCAGCUUCGGGGAUUACUUCGCCGACCGCGAUGGACCAAGGAGGCUGCCCGAGCAAAGGGGACGCAAAAAGGGGGAGACCGGGACAACAUGCAACAACACCAAAGUCAAAGCCCUAACCUACCGCGACCCCUUCCAGCACAUCUACAAAAAGUACAUCUUCACCUCUGAUGGCAAGUACCUCCUCGGCGGCAUGAUGAUCGGUGACACGCAGGACUACGUCAAGCUAGUCCCCCUAGCCAAAAACCUCAAACCCCUAGACACCCCGCCAGCCGAACUCAUCCUAGGCAGCUCCAGCAAGAAGGACUCAGACGGUACAGACGACCUCCCCGACGACACCCAAGUCUGCAGCUGCCACAACGUAACCAAAGGCGCCAUCGUCUCUGCCGUGCGCGACGGCACAGCAACGACCCUCUCGACCCUCAAAUCCUGCACCAAAGCCGGCACCGGCUGCGGCGGGUGCAUGCCGCUCGUCACAACCAUCUUCAACAAGACCAUGGCCUCUCUGGGCAACGCGGUGUCUAAUCACAUCUGCGCACACAUCCCACGCUCGCGCGCCGAGCUCUACCACAUCGUCAUGGUCAAGCAGCUCAAGACCUUCGCCGAAGUGAUGACCGCCGCGGGAACAGACCCUCAGAGCAUGGGUUGCGAGAUCUGCAAGCCGGCGGUGGGCAGCAUCCUGUCCAGCUUGUGGAACGGACAUGUAAUGUCGCGUCCGCUGCACGGGUUGCAGGACACGAACGACCGGUUUUUGGCCAACAUUCAGAGGGAUGGCAGUUUCAGCGUUGUGCCGCGCGUGCCUGGAGGGGAAAUAACACCAGAGAAGUUGAUCGUCCUGGGCGAGGUGGCGCGCGAGUACGGGCUGUAUACCAAGAUCACGGGCGGGCAACGGAUUGAUCUUUUUGGGGCCCGCAAGCAGGACUUACCGGCGAUUUGGAAGAAGUUGGUCGAUGCGGGCAUGGAGAGUGGGCAUGCGUAUGCCAAGGCGUUGAGGACGGUGAAAAGCUGUGUAGGGUCGACGUGGUGUCGGUAUGGGAUUGGUGAUAGCGUGGGCAUGGCGAUAAGGCUAGAGGAGAGGUAUAAGAGUAUUAGGGCGCCGCAUAAGAUUAAGGGAGGCGUGAGUGGGUGUGUGAGAGAGUGUGCGGAGGCUCAGAGCAAAGACUUCGGCCUCAUCGCCACAGACAAAGGUUUCAAUAUCUACGUCGGAGGGAACGGCGGUGCCAAGCCUCGUCAUGCCGAACUCCUGGCGAAGGAUGUUCCUCCAACAGAGGUCAUUCCUAUCCUUGACCGGUACCUCAUGUUCUACAUUCGGACUGCCGAUAGACUCCAACGCACGGCACGCUGGAUCGAGUCUCUUCCUGGCGGGAUCAACUACCUCCGUGAUGUUGUGCUGAAGGAUUCCUUAGGCCUGGCAGCCGAGCUCGAGUCGCAGAUGCAGGACUUGGUCGACUCAUACUUUGAUGAGUGGGCAGAAGCCGUCAAGGAUCCAGAGCUCGCGGCUAAGUUCGCUCAGUUUUCGAACGCCAAAGAUGGACAAGACACUGUGGAGAGGGAAGACGAGCGAGGGCAGAAGAGGCCGGCGUGGUGGCCGAAGCAAGCAGUCACCACUACAACGACUACUAUUGCAGUGUCUCAAUCCGACGCGGCACGUGGCGAAGAAGCACGCUCGUCAGUCUCAGAUUCGUCAUCCGACUCGGCAACCCUCAAAUCUUCGUCCUCAUCGGACUCCCUCUCCUCUGCAACGACAGUAUCUACCUCUCCCCCUCCCUCAUCAGACUCACUCGAGCCCCCUAAUCAAAUCCCCUUUUCAUCACUCCGCACCCACUGGUCCUCAACAACAUGGAUGCCCCUCAUCCCGGCCUCACACUUUGACGGCGCCGACGACCUUCCCAACGGCAUCAGCGCGACAAUCCGGGUCUCUGAUACUCAACUUGCCAUCUUUCGCGUCCGUGGUCGCUACUACGCGACCCAGCAGAUGUGCCCUCAUAAACGGGCCUUUGUGCUUUCCGACUCACUUGUCGGAACCAACCCUCCUUCCGAGGAGAAGCAAGAAGGGGAGGUAUACAUCGCCUGCCCUCACCAUAAGACUCCGUUCUCUCUUCCCACAGGGGCAUGUCUCACCUCAACGGGCAAUAACCCUAACGAGAGCAUGUCUAUCGCAACGUUCGAUGUGGAAGAGCGCGAAGAUGGUAUGGUGUAUGUCAAACUACCACCGCUAGACGAGCUAGAUGCUGCGCUUGGAACAUCGCGAUGGAUCGUUCGCAGAGGGGAGACUGGCGCCGCACAGCUUGAAGAGAUGGACCAGAAGUUUGGAGGGUUUGGAGACGGUCGAUGGAAGAGGCCUGCAGCUGUGGUGAGAGGAAGGGCCAGGAAGCCAGAAUUGAGACAGAAGAAAGAGAAGGAUGAGAAAGGCGUCGAAAUGAUAGUAGAAGGAGGUUGUGGGGGAUGUGGGGGAACUCCAGAUUGGUAG